AAAAACCCACAGAUUCCCUUUUAUUCAUUCUUUCACUCGUAAAAUCCUCACACACACACACUCUCUCUAUACAAAUGCAUGUUGAGCUUUCACUCUCUACACAGAGGGUGCACGCGUCCGGAACCGACUCUCUCUCUCUCUCUCUCUCUGUAGGCCUCUUUAAUUUCCACUCUCUCUGUCUGCAGUUUUGCAGUCUCUGUAGCAGUGUGUGCGCGACGAGCUUGCUCUUUCAACAAAGUACCGUACGUGUAUGGUCAUCGAAAACUGUCUAAGACCGAGUCCCAGCUGAUUCAACAGUUCUGUUUUGUAUAUCUGUGAAAAGUUCCGCCGUCAGCUGGACCGGCGACAGUGAAUCGGGACGUCUCUCUCCUGAAACUUCCUUCCAUAACUUUAGAAUCGAAACAUUCAUCUGAAAAUUUUUGCGAGUUUGCGUCUUUGGGAGGCCGGAGCAUAUAAUAUAUUUGUUCAUUCGGUUUCAUAAUGAGCUCUCAGUCAUUGAAACGGCGAACCAGAAUCAGUUUGACCUCCGCCGUGUUCGCGUUCUUUCUUCUCUUCAUCAUUGGACCGGAGUUUUUUACAGGCAUACUUAUUGGUCCCAAUUUCAUGGCGGAAGCAAAUUCAGCCAUCACUGGUAACACCAAUGUUGGUCCUCAUCGCAAGCUUCUUAAUCAAGGAAAUGAAGUGGAAACAACCCGGAUAUGGGGUGACAAAUGUUCAAAAUCUGAUAUUGUUAUAAAUCAAGGACCCACAGCACCUCUACCCAGUGGGAUACCCACGUACACAGUGGAGAUAAUGAACGUCUGUGUCUCUGGCUGUGACAUCUCCGGUAUCCAUCUCAGCUGUGGUUGGUUCAGCUCUGCUCGUCUUAUUAACCCUCGUAUAUUCAAGCGCCUACAUUUUGACGAUUGUCUCGUCAAUGAUGGGAAGCCUCUUAUUAAUGGUCAUACUAUAUCCUUCCAAUAUGCCAACACUUUCCGUUACCCACUCUCUGUUUCUUCUGUUGUCUGCUGAGGGGGGGUCUAAUAGCACACACUGAACACUAGUUUAAAAAAAAGAACACUUGAAACAAUGAUUUAAUAGAGCUAGAUAGCCUUUAGGAGAAAAGCAUUUCCAAUAGCUCUUUUUUCUUUUGGGGUUUUAUAGAUUGAGAACACCGCCUUGCUCCUCCUCGAUUUGUCUCUUUUACUUUGCGUCUAUUUGGAAGGACGUGGAGAUGCAGACUAAUGGAUGAGUGUUUGCUGCCGAAAAGUAAAAAAUUCUGUUCGUAAUUGUAGAGAUCUUUUGUUUUGAAGGGUCUUGACUUUUUGUUUUGUUCAUAUCAGAGUGACUUAACUGAGAAAAGAAAGCUGUAAUUUUUGGGUUUUGAAUAUAAAGUAUACGAACUCUUCUCGAGCGUUUCUCUUUAUUUGGAUCAGUGUACAUGCUCUGAAUGACUCUUGUUUCGUAUUCUUUGACAACACCUAAUUACAAAGGAUUGUGACGAA